AUGGAACGCAUGAGCCCAGUGACUUUGACAACGGAGGAGGAGCGUCGUACACGUUCUUCUCGUCAUGUAAAAAAUCCUAUCAAAGAGGUGGAACCUGGCUCAGAGGAGGAAGAUAGCAUGUUGGACGUCUCUCAUCACUUGAGGAAAAAAGGAAAUAGAAAGAGAAGGACGAGAAUAGUGACCGAUUUGUCGCCUAUACAAGAUUUGAGUCGAUGCCAAGAACCUGAUGGCCCUGUUUCACCUCGCAGUCGCCGAUUAUCAAUGAUGUUGCAUGAACCACCUUCUUCACGCGGUGAUACGCCUGAUAAAGAGAAUGCCAUGGAUCAAACAUUUGUUAUGGAAACACCAUCUACAGGUAAUUACGAAAGUGGAGAUGUGGGGAAAGUGACUGACCUCGGGAAUUCUGCGAGGAGAGCUACCUUGGUUUCCGGGCUUGUUCCUCAUAUUGAUGCCACGCUUGGCCCUUUACCGUCUUCAUGA